AGCAUUAGCACUGAGCAUAGCACAUAGUAGUUCCACAGUGGGCAGUGUUAUUUCUGUUUCAGGCCAUUUGGCAUCCCAGACAGGGGAGAAUGACACAUGCAAAGGCCCAGAGGCCUUUGAACCAGGGGGCUCUUCAGACUCCUGGAAGAAGCUUGUAAAGGUCCAGGCCGAGCCUGAAUGGGGGAGAUAGGAACUUACACAGACCUCAGUGCAGCUCCUACCAUAUACCCAGCCUGUGGCUGACAGUGUCUCUCCAACCCUGGGAGUCUGUUUCUACCAACAUACUCCCUUGUGCAGAGGCUGGGACAGGUGAAGGAACCAGCAGUGAUCCCUCAGCCAAAAAGUGGCAGAGCAUCCAUAGUGAGUUUCAGGGGGCUGAGAGUACCUGCCUUCAGCAUGGCAGCCCUGCCUGGCCCCAGCCAAACUUCUGCCUUGCAGACCUCAGUUUCCCUAGCUGUGAAAGAGGGACUAGGAUGAAAAUUAGAGAGCUGCCAGGGAGCCUUGCUCUGUCUGGGCACUGUGAACUCUCACCUCCUUGAAACCUUAUAAACAGAGGAAAUGAAUGCUCCAAGAAGUCAGGGAACCCUGAGAGGUCACGAAGCACAGGAGGGAGCUGCAUUAUUAGCCCAUCUUACAGAUGAGAACAUGGGAGCAACUGAAAAAGCUAAGGACUAGUUGACUCUGAAGACCCACCAGCUUUAACUACCUGACACACUGCCCUUUAGAGAACCAUGGAAAGCUCUCUGGCCUUGCUGUCUCCAGGGAGGUGGUGUGGGGAGCCAGCGAGCCAAUCAUUUACUUUUUGGAAACACAGGCAGACCUGGGCACUUCUGAGCCAGACCAAAGGGCAGGCCGGGCCCUCAUGGCAGCCCCAUCCUCUCAUCUCCCACCCUGCCUCUCCAACCCUGCCUCCGGAUUUCACUUGACUCUCCUGCAACAUGUUAAAUGUGAGGCUCCACACUGGGUAAAAGACUGGGAGGGGGGCCCUCCCAGCUGUGACCCUGAGAUUGGUUAGAUGGCAUCAGGAGGCAGAGUUAUGCAGGCCUGAAUCCACAUUCAGCUACUUCUGGGCCACGUGACUGUGGGGAGGUCCGUAUCUCCCUGAGCAACCCUGCAGGGUGAUUGUAAAAACUAACCAAGAAACCGCAGGCCAGGCUUAUGGUCCUGAACAAGCCCUUCUUCUCCCCUGUCUCCCCUGGCACCAUGCCCAGCCCCUGGGCUGCAGACUUCCCUGUAAAUUUGGAAUAGGAGUUUUAAACAAAUAAUGCAUGCAAGUCCUUGGAAAGGGUCUUUGGAAGGGUAGGUGCAGUGGGGAUGCAGGAGCCAGAUGCUCCCCCCUCCCCUGCAGGUGAGCCCAGGGCUCACACCCAAGUUUGGGCAUAUCCUGUGGUGAUUCCUAGCCGCCAGACCACCUGAAUCCACAGCAGUGCCAGGUGGGGUGUGCUCACACCCCACUGGUGAUCUUGACACAUACACCAAGCCCCCUUCUCCAAGCUCAAAGAAGCAGCUCAGACUUCCCAUGAGUUCAGGGCCUGAAAGGGAUCGAUACAGUCCCUGGAAGAGGGCUGGGGUGAGACAUUAGGGACUUGGUGGUAGGACCAGGGAGAAGCCUGGGGCCAGAGGGAGUCCUGGGCAUUCCAGGAAGGGCAUAGGCAGUGUCGAGCCCAGUGUCAGGAGCCCAGCCCCGACAUAGGCAGCCGGGAGUGGAGCGCAGGCUAGUGCACCCACCGCAGGUCGUAGGGAACGCACCCAGAGACAGGAGGGGCGCGAGGAGACCCAGCCAGGCACCGGAAGGGGCGCGUGCGGCGGUUGGCCGCGGCCAGGUCGGCUGCCGUUGGCGAGAGGCGGCCUGGGCCAGGAGAGGUCAGACGUUUGGCCCGGCCGCGGCCACCAUGACCAAGGACUCGCCCAGCCCUUCGGGCAGCGGCCACGCGACACCCAAGAAGCUGGCUACUCCGGGCCCGGCGGCGGCGGCACUGGAGGAGCAGAGGCGGGAGCUGGAGAAGCUUCGGGCUGAGCUGGAAGCUGAGCGGGCGCGCGGGCGGGCGGAUCGGCGGCGCUUCGCAGCCGAAGCGCGCCAGCUGAAGGAGGCGGCCGAGCGGGAGCGGCAGCAGCUGGUUGACCACCUGCGCUCCAAGUGGGAGGCACAGCGUGGCCGGGAGCUGCGGCAGCUGCAGGAGGAGGUGCUGCGGGAGCGCGAGGCCGAGAUCCGGCAGCUGUUGCGCUGGAAGGAGGCCGAGAUGCGGCAGCUGCAGCAGCUGCUGCAUCGCGAGCGCGACGGCGUGGUGCGCCAGGCUCGGGAGCUACAGCGCCAGCUGGCCGAGGAGCUGGUGAACCGCGGCUACUGCAGCCGAGUGGGGGCGCCCGAAGUCGCCGCCGCGCAGUGCCGCUGUCGCCUCCAGGAUGUGCUGGCCCAGCUCCGCUGGGAAACUGACGGCGAGCAGGCCUCGCGCAUCCGCCACCUGCAGGCGGCGCUCGACGUGGAGCGCCAGCUCUUCCUCAAGUAUAUCCUGGAGCACUUCCGCGGGCACCCCGCCUUGUCCGGCGCCGCCGACCCUCCGGUCGUGCCUUCUUCUGAAGAGCCGUCCCACGAGACCACCGCAAAGUCCCCACAUCAACUCGGAUCCCUUGAUGGCGGGAACGCCGGCGCCCGCGCGCGCUCCCGCUCCCUCGACCGAGUGCCCGCUGCGUGCUCCAAGUCCCCAGACAGCCUGCUCCCCGCGCGCGCCAGCUCCCUCGAUUCCUUGGCCCGAGCGCAUUCCUGCUCACUCGGCAGCACCCUGAGUCGCCCCAAGACCCCCGAAGCCUCCUCGCCAGACACCUUCAUCCCAGGAUCCCCAGGCCCCCCGCCGCCGCCACCACCGUCGGAGCACAGAAGACCUGGCGACAUGCGAGAAGGGGAAGAGUCGGGGAGUAAGCCGUGCGAAGCCCCGAGCCCCUUGCCGCAGGGCGAGGACUACCGCGAGCUGGUGAAGCGGAACUCGGAGCUGUCCGAAGCGUUGCAGGUUCUGGCGCGCCACUGCUCUGUCCUGCUCGAAGAGAACCUACAGGUGAGGCGCGCGGGCUUCCCCGACGAGGCAAGAGAGAAGGUGAAGCGGCUCAAGGUGAAGCACGCCGAGCUGGCCAGCCUUGCGCGACGCCUGGAGGACCGUGCACGCAAGCUGCAGGAGACCAAUCUGCGGGCUGUGAGCGCGCCCGUGCCCGGCGAGAGCCUCGCUGGCCUGGAGCUGUGCCAGGCCUUCGCCCGCCAGCGCUCGCGGGACUUGUCGGAGCAGGCGAGCGCGCUGCUGGCCAAGGACAAGCAGAUCGAAGAGCUGCGGCAGGAGUGCCACCUGCUGCAGGCGCGCGCUGCUUCAGGCCUUGGUAGCGCCCCGCUCCCCGGAGGGGGCGCCGCCUGCGCCGAAUGGCUUAGCUUCAGCGACUUGGACCGGCUGCAGCGCGAAUCCCAGCGGGAAGUGUUGCGUCUGCAGAGGCAGUUGACGCUGCAGCAGGCCACCAGCAGCGGCCGAGCGGAGGCGGGCGGCCAGAGCGCGCCCUGCGAGGAGGCGCGGCGCCAAGUGCAGGCGCUGGAGCUCGAGCUGGACGCGCGGCGGCGAGAGUGCGAGGAGCUGGGCGCGCAGGCGGCGGAGGCACGGCAAGGCCGCGAAGAUGCCGAGGCUCAGCUGCAGGCGGCGCUACACGAGGGCGCCUGGCUGGCCAAGGAGAACGCUCGGCUGCAGGCCCAGGCUGACUGGACGCGGAAAGUGGUGGCCGAGGACAGCGAAGUGCACGGGCAGGUGGGCCGCACGUGGCAGGAGCUUGAGAAUGGCGGCUUGCUGGCGGGGCAGCUGCUGCAGCAGACGGCUCAAGGGCAGGACAGGCAGCAGCAGCUGCAGGACGACCUGCAGAAGGCCCUGUGUGAUCUCCAGGCUGCCCCAGAGGAGAUGAGGACCCUGCAAUGUCAGCCUGCUCACCCUCCCCAGGAACCCCGGAAGGCCCCCCAAGCCACAGAGCCUCCAGGGAGAAAUAGUAGGGGCACCAAGUUGCAGUCAGGGCCUGAAGACCAAACAUGGUCACCACCUGGCAGAGACAAACAGGAGAAGGAAGACUUUCUGCUAGAGAAGCCUGUUGCCCCCCAGGAACCAGCCAGAGACCCCCAAGAGCCAGACAGAGAACCAGGCAGCCGAGCUCGGGACUCCAGGCCCCCGGCAAAGAAAACCAGCUCCACAUCCAACUCCUCCUCUGAGGUGGAGUCCAUGUGGGCCACUGUGCCAUCUUGCCCUACUCUGGACACAGCCAGAGAGGUGGAGGAUCUGGAGCCUGAUAGUGUGUCCUCAACCCAGGAAGUGGGGGACUCAGAGGCCCCCGCCACCUCCAAGCUCAGAAUCUUCCUAGCUCGGUAUAGCUACAAUCCAUUCGAGGGGCCCAACGAGCACCCAGAAAGUGAGCUGCCCCUGACAGCUGGGGAGUAUGUGUUUAUCUUCGGGGACAUGGACGAGGAUGGCUUCUAUGAAGGGGAACUUGAAGACGGCCGGUGGGGGCUGGUGCCAUCCAACCUGGUGGAGCAGAUUCCAGACCCAGACAUCCUGGGCUGCCUGCCCCCUGCAUUCCCUGACCUUGGCCCCACUCGACUCCUGCCUGGGCAGGGCAAAGCUUUGAAGGAAGACACUGGGAAAGCUGGGAAAGCCCAGGGGGCAGUGGACAGGGUGCCAGGCCAUAUGGCGAGGCUGGGCUCCAAGACAGAAUUGGCAAGAGAGGGCUCAGGUACCAAGACUGGUGAUGGCUGGCUGGGCCCUCAGCGGAGUGCAGAUGAGUGGGGCUUCUCCAAACCUCUUCUGGGGGCCAGAAGGGUCUUUUGUGUGCCCCCCAUGCAACUUCGCCUGCAGAGCGUUGCAGCCACAUGGGCCGAGAUCACCUGGGUUGGCAGCAACCACUCCCACAUGGUGUACCUCAAUGACCUGGAGAGUGCCCUGACCCCAGCAGGGGUAAGCUGCUAUACCUUCCACCACCUGCAUCCUGGCACGAGGUACCAGGCACAGGUGGAGGUGUACCUGCCACAGGAAUCAUUGCAGGGGCACUGGGAAACCAUGUCCUCCACCAUCACCUUCAACACCCCCUUGGCAGGACCCCCUGACCCUCCUCUGGAUGUGCUGGUGGAGCACCACACCUCACCGGGCCUCCUGGUGGUCAGCUGGCUUCCUGUCACCAUCGACUCAGUCGGGUCCUCCAAUGGAGUCCAAGUCACUGGCUAUGCUGUGUAUGCUGAUGGGCUCAAGGUGGCAGAGGUCACCGAUGCCACUGCUGGGAGCACCCUGAUCGAAUGCUCCCAGCUCCAGCUGCCCCUGAUGUGCCAGAAGGUCUCGGUGCGAACCAUGUCGCUCUAUGGUGAGUCCCUAGACUCGGUGCCAGCUGAAAUUCCUCAUAGCUGCUUCCCCUGUGACCGCCUGCCAAAGAUGUCUCCCUUUAGCUACACCUGCAGGGACCCUUCCACCUGUGCAGUGACCUUCACCCUCUGCCCUCAGAGACUGGUACUGUCUCCCCUGAGUGCCAAGGCUAAUCCCUAUGCCCCUGGAAAUUGUGGGGAGCCGCAGGUCAAGUCUCUAGUAGCCUUCCCUGAAGAACCCCAAAAGAGGCGGUCCCCGAUGCCCAUGCUGAAUUCAGAAGGAGAAUGUCCAUGUGCAGGGCUGGGCAGCCAAGCCCAGGGGCCUGCAGAUGCCCAGGGGCUCUGCAGAAAGGAUCUGCUCUUUCAGAAGGGUCCCCGGAACCAUGGGCCACCUCUGCCUAGGGGCCAGGAGUGGAGAGAAGAGAGCCACUACCAGCGGCACAUGGGCAUCAAACAAAGCCCCUCUGCAGGAGUCAUCCAGCUGUCCCCUGAGGGUGGACCGGGAAAAGAGCCAUUUCAGGAGAAGGCUGCCCUUGAUAAGAUCCCCAAACAAAUGCAAAAUGCCCCUCUCCCACUGGGCACCAGCCAACAAUCCGUGCCUGACAUCUAUGACAUUCUGCGGGAGGAGGCAGGGUGCUUCGGUCUGUGGGGCUCAGAAGGGCAAGAACAGAGGAAGGUGCCGAGGAGGCAGAGCAGGCGAGGUCUGGCUCUGGGGGGCAAGAGAGAGCGGUGGCCCCAGGAGCCCAGCUCGUCACUGUGUCCUGCUCUGUCCAGCAAGGUCGUCAGGAUGUCCAGGGGCAGCGCCCCACCUCUGGGGACCAGGGCAGACCCGACCAACAUCUUUGUGGCCCUCUCUGAUUACGACCCUCUGGGGAUGUCUGCCUCCCCUGAGGCUGCAGAGGAGGAGCUGGCCUUGAGGAAAGGGCAGCUGCUGAGAGUGUGGUGUUCUCAGGACCCCCACGGCUUCUAUCGCAGUGAGCAUGACAAGCAGGUGGGCAACAUCCCUGGGCACCUGGCGGCUGAGGUGGAGGCAGACAUAGAUUGCACUGGAACAAGGUGGCAUCUGCUGGGGCAAGGACACCCGCCCUCUGGGGCCUACCUUCGUGACUUGGGGGGGCUCCCCAGCCCCCAGCACUCCUCCCCCAGGUCCCAGGAGAGGCCCUCACUGUGGACUCCGAAGACCAUGUUAGCGGCUCUGGACUAUGACCCCAGGGAUGGGCCAGCAGGGGGCUCAGUGAAGGGCAUGCUGUCACUGAGGGCAGGGGACGUGGUCACUGUCUACGGGCCUGUGGAUGACAAGGGAUUCUAUUACGGGGAGUCAGGUGGCCACAGGGGCCUGAUCCCAGCCCACCUGUUGGAUGACAUGUGCUUCCCCAGAGAGUGAGCGCCACUCCCUGCCAGGGUGGUGGCACCCCCGCCACCUGAGCCCCGCGGAACAGGGAACACCAACCCACCACCAGCACCCUCCUCAUUUCCAUGAGCAACGCCUGCUCCACAUGCUGCUGUGCAGACCUGGCGACAGUACCCAUCCUCCCUGGCCUCCCUGGCUUCCCCAGCGGCAGGGCAUGAGUCUGUCCUGAGCUGUGUCCAAAAAGAAGCAGAGCAGAUAGCCCCCAGAGUGUGACACAGACUGGUAACUGCAGCAGGUAUUUGGAGAAGUGCUUUUUCUUGUGCUCCUAAUGCGUCUUCGUUAGGAGUUUAUCUUUAUUCACCUGUUGCCUUGUAUGAAAGUCUCAAGAAAAGCCUGCCUCAAAAAAAAAAAAAAAAAAAAAAAAAAAAGCAACCAGAAUGUUAGUUUUUAUCUCAUGUUCAACUCCUCAUUAAAAUGUUCAGAAAAAAGAGAAUAUUUUAGAAGUGAAAGCACAACCAGGGACCAAGCCCGCCUCUCCUCCCUUUCUCUGUCCAAGGGUCUCCAAGGGCUUCAGGCAUGUUUUCCUGGUAGUGGGGAGGUUCCCUUUAGAGGGGCUCAGCUCAGUAUCUGCUGGUAGGGCUGCAGAGGCUCCAGCAAACAGCCAGAGAUGAGAAGCAGAACCCCAAAGACCUGGCCCCGCCAGCCUCUACUGUGGGUGUCCCUAUAGCAGGCUGUGCCCCUGGGGUCAGCCCUUUCCAGACUGGGUUCCCUGCUCUGCGUUAGGCAUUAAUGGCCCCCUUUCCCCAGUGCCUGUCCUUGAGGGGCCUCCAUGGAAGGGCAUGUCCACAGUCACCCCAUUUACAGAAGAGCAGUUGAGGCUCAGAGGGCCCCUUGGCUAUGGAGCUGAGCCUUUGGGGGGCUCCCCAGAGGGUGUAGACCAAGGGUGGUCUCUGUUCUUCUCUGCUUCUAUCUGAUGCCUCAUGUCUCCUCUGGUGUCAGAGGAAGGGCACCACCUUCCCUGGGGACAGGAGGAACCUACCAGAAGCAUCCUGGCUAGAAGGAUUGGAGCCAGGGCACGUUCUCUCUGGAGGAGGCUGGGAGGGGUAGGCCCGUGGGAUGCCGACACCUGACACAUGUACCAGCAGGGGGGCAGUGUAAUCACCAUUUGGGAGCUGAGACUUCAGGCCUGUCCACUGAACUCUAUGAUCACCUGUCACACACCCAUCGCGUCUUACAGUGAGAAGGCCAACUCAGAGGCUGCUUGGCUGGCUUGGGGAGGCAAUCCAGAUCAUCUCACAAUUUCUUUUCUUUUUUUUGGCCACACCUGGGAUCAGACCUGGACUGCAGCAGAGCCACAGCCUU